AUGCCUCCUCGUGGCUCCCGAGCGACCAGAUAUUCUAGAAACGUUGAUCCUGAGGAGCAAUUGGACGAUUUAGACCCGGAUUCUGUGGGGUAUAGCGAGGAUAUCUCAGCCUCCUACACCGACCACUGGGUCAAGGAUAGCCAAGUGUUUCACGAAGCUCACGAGGAUUGCGAAGAGGAAACAAGGCAUCCAGGUUCCCGAUACUCGAGCCCCAGCACUUCGACUCCAUCACGCCCUGCUCCUCGAUCUGACCCUCAACCCCAACGCGCGCGGACAGCAUCUUCACAAACAUUGAGCGGCCGGGUGUCGAUGCCUUCUCCGACAUCUCCAGCCCCACCUCGAAAACGCCAGGCUAUCCGUGGCAACCCAAGAGUCAGUCGGAGAAGGGAUGGUUGCUUGAAUACUCAACGGUCUCGCUUACACGACGCGGAACAGGACGGCGUACAAAGUCCUCCAGGUCGAGCGCUUCGCAAGCGUACUAUUCAACAGACAUAUCCCUUCAAGUUUGAAAAGUAUCGACAUAAUUUGGUGAAAAGUAUUGGGAAGUCUGUUGAGGUUCAGACGAUUGAAGAAGCUGUCCAACACGAGAUCGGUGAUACUCCGCCACAAUCGGCGAGAAAGAAGGCCAGGUUAUCAGCUACAGCCUCUGAGAGAACCUCAACUUCAAUUGCAAAGAGGGGUCAGAGUUACCGAUGUAGAUCUGCCUCAGUCGAGAUCGGCGGUUCGUUGACAAAGCUCAUUGGAAGCAGCGGAUAUGAUCCAACUCGGACAACUUUGCGCGUCUGGCUGGAGGGCUUUCCUGGCGCUUCAACUCCCACCACACUCAAAGACUGUGACAAUGUGGAAAAGCUCAUGGAUUUCAUCAUCAGUUCGUGGGAGUGGAGCUUCAAUGCCAGAGCCUUUCACUACGCGAUUGUCACCUUUCCAAGGCUGACUGCCGAUUCGAACAUUCUCAUCCGACCCGGUAUGACGGAUAGUUUCCGGAAGAUGGUGGACGAGAUCGAGAAUUCACCAGUCUGGGCAGAGGAGGGAGCUAAGGCAACAUGUGAAGUGAAGAUCACCGUGUACCUGCAGAGCCCAGCCGGCGAAUAG